AUUGUCCUUUUGUUCAAAGCUUCCGCAGCCGGAUUAUCAAACAUGAAGAUGAAUGCCACUUGCUUGAUACUGUUCCUGAUAGUGUGUGCUUUCUGGACUAUUGGAGAGACUUUAUCCUGCGACCAAUGCGGCCGAGAGUGCGCUGAUAUAUGCGGCACUCGACAAUUUCGGGCCUGUUGCUUCAACAACAUGAAGAAAAGACAGUACAACGCCGGAUUUAGGCUGUGGAUGAGGCCGCGCCGCUACACGAACCGCCUCCAUCUGGAUUACGAUGCAUAAUCAUUAUGCAACUGAAUUAUAUUCAUCAUAAAGUUGCAUUCUUUCGAUUUUGCUGCUGAAUAAUUUAAUAAUUUCAAAAUGUACUAUGCAUGUACGUGUACUCGGGAAUAAUGAGUUGUUUCACACCAUGACCUGCCCUGGAAAUGUUUAAUGCACUAUCAUUUCGCUUAUGAUUACUAUUAAGUUCACUAUAGUCAAUGAUUAAAUAUAUAAACGAUUUCCAAGCUAAACUUUAUUUACUCGUGAAUCCAUUUCAAUGGUUAUUUGUGGACUUAUGCUUUAGGUCACCAAAAUAAAGCAGUUUUUCAUAACAAGUA